AAAUUCAGUUUUCCGAGAGAAGCUUCUCGGAAAGAACAAAUUUUUGGUCAUACAGUGAAAUCCAAUAACCCGAUUGCCAUCUGAUUGAGCUAUCCUAAUUCAAUUUCUGAACCCUAGUUCCCAAUUUCUCGAACCCGAUUGCCAUCCGAUUUUCGUUAUUUGCAGGUUAGUCAAAUCAAGACACGGUUUUUUUCCUUUUCGGGUUCAAUUUUGGGGAUUAGGGUUUAGGGGAAUUAUUCUUAGCUCUGUAAUUGCAGUUACAUGUGUAAUUAGAGGGGGAGAUGAGGCAUAUGCAUUUAUUUUACGGCAGAAAAAGCUCUCGAUUUCGAGGGUUUUUCAAUGGGUUAUGUACCUUAGUUUUGAUCAUUAUGUUUUACGAUCAUGGGUAUGCAUUGACGAAACUGAGCUCAAGAGGGGAUUUUUCUGGGUUUAGGAGAAGAAUGGCUGAAUUGGGUGUAGAUUCCAAUUCGAUUGUAAAUGGGACUGAUCCUACUUAUGUAGAUAGUGAUGGAUCUGAGCUUUGUUUGGGGCUGCUCGAUCACAAGGGGUAUGAUAAUAGUUGCGAGUUCUUGAAAGCGCGGCCUGAGUGCAAAUUGAAUGGGUUUCUUGACUACCUGAACUUCUACUACUGUGAUUGCAAUGGUAGUCCUUGGACUUUCUUGUUGUUAGCUGUUUGGCUUGCUGCAUUGUUCUAUCUGUUGGGCAACACUGCAGCGGAUUAUUUCUGUUGUUCGUUGGAGAUGCUUUCGAGUCUAUUGAAGCUCUCUCCGACUGUUGCUGGGGUUGCCCUGCUUCCGCUUGGAAACGGCGCUCCUGAUGUGUUUGCGAGUAUUGCAGCCUUCGUAGGGACGGGAGCUGGAGACGUUGGGCUUCAUAGUGUGCUGGGAGGGGCGGUGUUCGUUACUUGCAUUGUUGUUGGGGCUGUUUCCCUUUCUGUAGCUGAUCAGGAUGUUCAGAUUGAUAAAAAGUGCUUUAUAAGGGAUAUUGUGUUUUUCAUAUUUACACUGAUGGCCCUUCUGUUGAUCUUGAUUGUUGGUGAAGUGAGUGUUGGUGCCGCCAUUGCUUUUGUAGCGAUUUACGUAGUGUAUGCCUUUGCUGUUGCUGCUAAUGAGAUUUUGAGGGAGCAAGUGCAGAGGCUGAAAUUGGAUGUUGUUACGCCUCUGCUCCCUGUCAAGGGCAGUGUGUUUUCGGGAGGUCAAGACGAUGAGUCUGCAUUUGGCUCGUUGCUUGAACUUGAAACCAAUGGCGAUGGGGGCCAGGCUCAUUCUUCCUUGCCACAGUGGAUGUGGGCCUCAAACGUGGCAAUAUAUUCAAAUCAAGUUAAGAUUCCUGAUGACAAGAAUGUGUGGGGAUGGAAUGAAGAAGACAGAGAUGCAGAGCAACGAUUACUCUCGUUUUCAAAGAUAUGUGCACUUCUGGAGUUGCCUUUGACAAUUCCAAGGCGACUCACUAUCCCCUUAGUAAAGGAGGAAAACUGGUCAAGGGUAUAUGCUGUCGGAUGUGCUCUGUUUGCACCAAUUCUCCUCGCUUGCCUAUGGAAUACGCAGGAGAAAAUGAGUUCUCAAAGUAGAAUAGUUUCGUAUAUCUUGGGUGUUUCAGUUGGUUGUGUGCUCUGUGUUUUCGCAUACAAGCACACAAGGAAAGAACAUCCACCACGGAGAUUGUUACUUCCAUGGGUUUUAGGAGGGUUUUUAAUGAGCAUAGUUUGGUUCUAUAUGAUAGCAAACGAGCUCGUUGCUCUGCUUGUUGGAUUGGGUAUGAUUCUUGGUGUCAAUCCUUCCAUUCUUGGAGUGACUGUAUUAGCUUGGGGAAACUCAAUGGGUGAUUUGGUUUCGAAUCUUGCACUGUCCAUGAACGGUGGGGAAGGCGUGCAGAUCGCUAUGUCUGGAUGCUACGCGGGUCCCAUGUUCAAUACGCUUAUUGGAUUGGGCAUCUCGAUGCUGCUGGGAGCCUGGUCUGAGAAACCCGGCUCGUUCGCUAUCCCACAAGAUCCUAGCUUGUACUACACUUUGGGGUUUAUCUUGAUUGGACUUAUCUGGGCACUCGUCAUCUUACCCCAUAAUGAUAUGCGUCCUAACAAGAUGCUUGGAGCGGGCCUCAUCGCACUUUAUAUGUUAUUCCUCUCUGUCAGGGUCGGAUCUGCUAUGGGUUUCCUUUGAUUGGCUGCACUCAAAUGACAUUAAUCUACGACAGGUAUAUUGUAAAUGUACUAUUGUAUUUGUAUACGAUUGAGGAGAAUAUAUUAACACUGGUACAUUGUAGCUUGUCUGGGUUUAUCUUGUUGACUUGUAAAUGCUACGAUGAUGAAGCGGGCGUUUUGCCUGGCUUAUGAAACACCGUUUCAAAAUUCUAUA